CCUCAAUAACACCAAUCGACUCGACACAGCUGGCAGAAAUUCUGCAAUAUGCAACAAUGGCUAGUGUCGCCAUCCCAGACAUUGUUUCUCAGUCGACCGACUUGCGCGCAGAACUGAAAGAAUGGGAGAGAACCUUUGCGGCCGCCAACGGAGGGCGCAAAGCCGACCGGGGCGAUAUCAAGAAGGUCCCUGAAAUUGCUGCCAAGUACAAACAGUACUCCCGUCUCAAGUCCCUAGAAACAUCCGCCGACCCCGACAGACAAUCCCAUCAACCAGCCGAACGCGAAAACCCUCCCAAGAAACGAAAACAUGCGUCUCCCACCGGACCAGAAGAGACAACAUCCAUAUCAACCCCGCGCAAAGCCAACAGAGGCGGAGCCUUUACCACCCCCUCCAAAACCCGACUCAACACCACCCACCCUGCCGAGGUCGACCCGUACGACUCCCCCUCGACCUUGCGCCGACUAUUCAGCCCCACAACCCACAUGCAACCCUCGCCACUGAAGAGCACUAUCGGCCCUACGCCGCAACGCGACGGGAAAGCCCUAGGCCUGUUCGACCUACUGUCCGAGUCCGGCGGCAGCACGGCCACGCCGACAGCGACGCGCCUAGCGACCGUGCGAGGCGCAGCUGCGCAGACGCCGUCAAAGCGGAGAAAGCUGGACACUAUCGCGGAGGAGGACGAAGAAGAAGACGAGGAAGAUUCCUCGCGGCUGGAGCGCACCCCCGCGUCGUCAGGAAAGAAGUACAUGCUGGCCAACCUUUUCGCGACGCCGAUCACGCUGCGGUAUGCCUCGAUGGUGGAGGAUGGAGACGGGGGCGCAGCUGCUGCUGGAGCCCAAGACGCACUUGUAAACGCAGCAGACGAUGACUCUACACAGCAAACCGCUGGUUCAGAUACUCCGUCGUUUUUGCGCCGAUCUAAUCCCGAUCGUCCUCAUGUAGGGGGCAGCGGAAGCGGGCUCAGCCCCAUCGCUGUGCGCAAACGACCGCAGUUCGUCGGUAAGGGAUUGUCUGCUCUGGUGCAGGGUCUGAGGGACAUGGAAGAGGAGCGGAUGCAGGACGACAUGGACGUGCUGGAUGAGAUCGAGGCCGAACAGUACGCGGCCAUGACGAGAGAAGAAGAGGCAGCGACGGGCGUGACAGACAGCCAGGCCGGUCCAACCGAACCAUUCCGUCGGCCGUACAAGAAGAAGGGACAGAAGCGAACAACACGGCGCGUCAACAUGAAGCCCGUUCUCUCGAAACCGAAGACCAAGUCCAGCUCACCGGUGCCUGAUUACGGUGCCGAUGACGAUGACGACGGUGAGGAACAGGAAGACCACAUCAGUGAGAAACAACCUGCGGCAGACCCAGAACCGCAGUAUCAAUUACACGCACCAGCCAACGAAGACGGGGCCGAUGGCUUCGACGAUGACGAAGCGGACUCCCUGCACACCAUGUCAGAGCCGGACAUGGACUCCGACGACCCGGAGUAUGACGAGAAUGAGGAUCGCCCGUCGCUGACACGGGGAAAGAGCUUCUCGGAGAAGAUGAGGGAGGCUAUUGCGGAUAGCAAGCCGCAGUCACAGUCGAAUGAGCCUCCUCAGACGAAGGAAGCGAAGGCUCCCCGGGUGCAGAAGCCUAAGGAGACCAAGAAGCCUGCGCCCCGCAAGAUUGACCCCCAGGCGCAUGCCAACUAUCGCUCUUUGAAUAUUAGGAAUAAGAACACUAAGGGUCGGGGUCGUGGUCGGUUUAGGAGAUAGGGGCUGUUUGGGACAUUCCCUGUUGGGAUACUAUUUACGAGCAACGAACAUAGCGCAUCGCAUCGCG